AUGACGAUUGUCCAACUAUGUACUGGAGGUGCUGGUGGUGGAGUUGUUGCCAAGGAUGCUCUCGGAAAUGAUGUUCUUGCAGAUGAAUGGCUGAAAGCACACGACCCUGGAGACCGAACCCUCAUACAGGGCUUGAAGGGAGACCUUACCUACCUUGUAGUCGAGAAGGAUAAAACACUUGCGACGUAUGGAAUCAACGCAGUUUGCACUCACCUCGGAUGCGUCGUGCCAUGGAAUGCAGCUGAGAACAAAUUCAUCUGUCCUUGCCAUGGAUCCCAAUACAAUAAUCAAGGCAGGGUCGUCAGAGGACCUGCACCUCUGUCUUUUGCAUUGGUUCAUGCUGAUGUAGACGACGGGAAAGUAGUGUUCGUCCCGUGGGUCGAAACAGAUUUUAGAACUGGCAAGAAUCCAUGGUGGGCUUAA